CAAGAUAAUAUCCUGUGCGUAGAUGUUAUGGAAAAAAUGGAUGCAAACCCAAAUACAAUCUUCAUCUGUUGUUGAGUUCAGAAGAUAACCGCUACAUCUCGCUUGAAACGGAUUUAAAUCAUCUGUAGAGCCUGAUACACAACUCGAAAAAAAAAUUGGAGCAUGACCAUAUCUGAAUGCACUCAAGAGGACUUAAACAGACCUGAAUUUAUUAAAUGGGUUAUCAGCUGAUAGGGAUGGGAAAAUGGCUCCUGGUUUCAAGGGAGCUGUCACAUCCCUUAAAACUCUUUUCUUGUUGUGGUAUUUGCAUAUCAACGAAGCACAAAGUUCAGGAGGUUGUACACACGAACGUGUGAUUCUGACCAGCAAAACUGGGACCAUCACGGUGGGGAAUAGCGGCCCCACUUACAAUAACUUUGCACGCUGUGAAUGGCUGAUCAAGGGAGAUGCAAGGACCUUCAUACAGUUGGAUUUCUCAAGGAUAGAGACCGAAUGUUCCUUUGAUUACGUGUUUGUGUACGAUGGAGACACGUACAACAGCACAAAACUGGCAAGUGUCAGUGGGGAUACCCUGCCAAAGUCCUUGGUGGCCAAAUCUGGCAGAAUGCUUGUAUUGAUGUUCAGUGAUAGGAACUACAAAAAAUGGGGAUUUCUAGCUAAUUACUCUAUAACUGACUGUCCAUUUGGCUGCCAUGGCCAUGGUGUAUGCACCAACAACUCAUGUGUCUGUGAUAUUGACUAUACUGGGGAAAGCUGUGAGCAUGACUUGUGCCCCAAGAACUGCUCAGCUAAGGGGCUGUGCAUUAAGUCAGGGGACCGCAGCCUCUGGGGAUGUAACUGUUCCCUGGGCUAUGCUGGCUACGCUUGUGAUAUGGCCCUACAAGGGGAGGAAGACAAAUUGAAGUGGGUGACACUGCUGCCAAGUGUGACAGAAUUUACAGACAGAUUUGAUCACACGGCUGGUUUCUUGGAGAGCAGUGAAUGUGUGUAUGUGUUUGGAGGCAACGCGCAAAAUAGUGUUUUAGAUGAUUUGCUGAGAUUCUGUUUUACAGAGAGCAAAUGGGAAGUGAUCCAUAAAAUUGAACCUUGGCCUAGUGCAAGAUAUGACCACAACAUGGUUGUAUACAAUGAGGGUCUAUUUGUGUUUGGAGGUAUCCUAAUAGACGGUUCCCACAGCAAUGAGCUCUGGUUUUUUGACACAGUCAGUGGUAACUGGUCUUUACUGAAUUUUAACAAUAGCUCCCAACCUCCUGGACUAUCUGGUCACAGCAUGACCUUAGCAGACGAUAUCAUCUACAUCAUCGGAGGGAAAAAAACCAAUGGACAAUACUCAUCUGAUGUCUACAGUAUUAAUGCAUCUAACCCGCAGUCUUGGAGCUUGGUCAAGUUAGCUGGAGGCAGGGCUCACAGCCGUCUCCUUCACGGACAUUCCGCAGUGUAUCAUCCAGAAUCAUCAUCCAUCAUCAUCUACGGAGGCAUCGCAGUCCGGUCAGUCCGCUACACAACUCUGUCCAAGAAAAUGUUUGUCUUCAACAUCGCUUACAAGUUUUGGACAGAAAUCGAAUAUACUAGCAACAUGGAACCAGGAUCAGCUUGGGUGCCUCAGGAGAGGUCUCAACACACCGCUCUGAUCAUGGGGAACUAUAUGAUUAUAUAUGGAGGGUAUGUCCACAUACACGCAUCAGAGGAGAAGUGUUAUGAUGAAGGAAUCUAUCUGUAUCAUCUGGGAUGCCAUCAAUUUGUUAAUCAUUCACUUGUUCAUCAGGGUACAAGUUACAAAUCAAUGCCCAAAAAAGGAAGGUUUGGUCACUCAGCUGUUGGUAUCCAUGGCAACAUUAUGGUGAUUAUUGGCGGUUUCAGUGGCUAUCCCCAUGGUGAUGUCAUUGCGUACAAAUUUCCUGGAGUUGUAGCCCCCCCUAAUUCUGAAAUCAGCCAGGACAAAGACUACUGCAUGAACAACUAUUCGGACAACAUGCCGUAUACAUGCUAUGACAACCUGGAAUGCAUCAUCUGCAAGAACAGAACUGACAUCAAGCGACCAGGGUGUGUUCAUAGGACAAGAUCUGAGAUGUGUUACAGGGAUGAGUUAUCAGCACUGCCGUAUCAUUGCCAAGGAAUUUGUUCCCAUCUUAAAACUUGUCAAGCAUGUCUGUUGCAAGGUCAAGGGGUCAAGUUGACCACUGCAUCUCCAAGGCGGCGGUUUUAUCAAGUGGAAUGCUCCUGGUGUGUGAAAAACUCAACAUGCCAGCAGAAAGCAGUACCAGAGGGAUCUUGCCAAAGAGCAGAUAACACAGCAUCUGGAAUCAUAGGAUGGUGGAACAGUUCAAGUCCAAGCUGGACAGAUAUUGCCCAGUGCAGUUUAGCAGAGGUCCCCGGUGGUAUUCAGAAAGCCAGCUUCUAUCAUCCAAGAAACAAUUCACAGCCAGAUGAGGUGGAGUUUGUGGGAGAAUUAUCUGCCACAGGGAUUAAAGUCCCUAUCCAUUACCUACAAAGCCAAGAAGGGGAUCCCCUGUAUGUUAGUUUCCAUGGUUACAUCUGGCCCCUCGAAGUACCUCCUGUUAAAGGGAUGAAUGACUUGACAAUGUACCUAGAAUCCAUAAAUGCAUACACUUUGAUGUUUCUUAGCAAUGACAGCUCUAUCCAAAAUGCAGAACUGGUAAAAAAUAUGACUUCUUCCUCUUCUAAACAAAUUCUGGACAUGGGGAGGAAGGGCAACACUCCAUUAUUUCCUAGCACUGCUAGGGACCGCAAAUAUUACUUUCUACUGGAAGCCAAGUCGAAUAUAAAGGUCAACGCCACUGUAGCCGUCAAGUGGAAUGCUGGGAUAGGUCUCAACCAAAACAGCAUUCAAAUUUACACAGAGUUUCUGGAAAUGUUUCACAGUGAUGCUUGCAGUAACUACACAAACUGCAUGGCCUGUAUGAUGGAUGCUAGUUGUGGCUGGUGCCCCAGUAACAGCCAGUGUGUCAGGAAGGCAGCCAAUCAGACGGCCUCUACUGGAUGGUGUGGCCCAGAUCUAGACAAGCUGCUGAUUACCCACCCCAAAGACUGCUAUACUUGUCCCGAUUAUACAGACUGCACAGAUUGUUCACAGGAUCCCCUGUGUGAGUGGAAAAGGCUGGAUGAACAAUGCCAUCGUCGUGGCCGGUUUGCUUUCAACACAGUCACUGAUCCAAGCCAGUGUCGGGAGCCAUGUGACGAAAAGAAGAAUUGUUCCUCCUGCAUUUCGGAAAGGAAUGAAUGUUUUUGGUGUGAGACGACCAAAACGUGCUUCCCAUUCAACCACUACAGUUCUCACUUUAUCCAUGGCAAAUGUCAGGAUUGGGUGGACUUUGAGGGAAAGCAGACACACUACUGUCUGGACUGCUCCUCCCUGCCAAACUGUACUGCCUGUCUGGAGAGAUUUGGCUGUGGGUGGUGUGGAGACUAUAACAAUCCCAAAAUCGGGAAGUGUGUGGGUGGUGGGUUUCCUGGGCCAUCUGAUGGAUCCUGUGACUCAAUAGUGAGUUCGCACUCCUUGGUAACAAACCAGACCUUCAGUGGACACACAAACUGGACUUACCAUCAGUGUUUAGACGCUGACGAGUGUCGACUGGGUCUGCAUAAAUGCCACGAGAAAGCCGAGUGCAUCAACACAGAAGGACCAGAAGACUCCUACGAAUGUUUGUGUGAGCAGGGCUACAUGGGCAACGGAACACAUUGCAGAGAAACAUGUUACCACAACUGUGUGAACGGAACAUGCUCCGGAGCGCCCAACUACCAAUGUGUCUGUAAUUUGGGAUGGACUGGUCUGGAUUGCGGCACAGAUUGUGGAUGCAACUUUCACAGCACCUGUCAGAACGGUGUUGGAAUUUGUGACAAAUGUCAGGACUCAACAGACGGCCAAUUCUGUGAAAAGUGUCAGUUUGGUUACUAUGGCAAUCCAAAAGAAGGGUGUCACAAAUGUAGCUGUAACCAGCAUGGAGAUGCCUCCAAAGGGAUCUGUAACAAUGUGACGGGGGAGUGUUACUGCACCGGGAACACGGAGGGACUAGUCUGUCAGCACUGCUCCCCAGGCCACUACGGCUCACCUGUAAAUGGCGGGAAAUGUUAUCGAGCUUGCCAAGGGAGAUUAGUGUUGGAACAAGCGGAGGGGUCGUUAGGUGUACAGUUACCUGUGUCUGCUACCUCCAACAAGAACCUGCACUGUCUUUGGAUCAUCCAUGCCCCAGAUACUGCACAACCAUCAGACGGUUUCACGGUCACAGUGGAUGGAAUUGCUACUCGAUGUAGAGAGAACCACCUCAUGGUGUUUGAUGGGGUCCCUCCUUUUAUUUCGGGAAAUACCACGGAGAGCAGGUUGCUGGGAACAUUUUGUGGCCAAGCGCAGAAUCUGGAACCUAUCAGAACAGACACUGACACAGUCACUGUUUACUUUGAAAUGGACAUGGAUAAUAAGGAUAUCUAUGUAGAGCAAAAAGGAUUUAACUUGAGCUAUGUCAUCAACCUUUGUCCAAGCUGUAAGGAGAAUGAAAUCUGUGUGGGUAACCAGUGUAAACAAGAUCCAAAUCGCUCAUCAGCGAGCAAGUUCUACAAUGUCUGUCCCACCAGCUGUGAUACCAAGUCCCAUGGAACUUGUGUGUGUAUUAAUGAUCUGGAUAUGAUGGUCUUCCCAUGGAACUUUCUGAAGCCAAUCAGCAAGAGGAAGCCAGGGAGCAUCCCUGGUCGCUAUGGCCAUAGUGUCACUUCCUGUGGAGAGAAUUUUUUCUACGUCUUUGGGGGUUACUCUCAGGAGCAUGGAGCUCUGAAUGAUAUCUGGAAGUACACUACAUCCACUUACCAGUGGACUCAGGAGCAACCCAUCACCUCUGACCAACCAGAUGGAAGAUAUUUUCACCAAGCUGUGUGCAGCCCUGUUUCCCAAGAAAUUUAUGUAUAUGGAGGGAUUGUGAAGAACAAGGCAGGUGCCUUUGAAGCGACCAACGAAUUCUGGAAAUUCUCUACUGGAGCAAGAGUGUGGACAAGACUUGAUGUACCUGAAGAUUUCAACCCAGUGGCUGGACAUACAAUGACCUUGGUCAACGAGCGGUACCUGGUGGUAAUUGGAGGUAUCUCCUCCAAGAGGUACUUCUCUAGUGAUGUCUACAUCUAUAACAUAAUUGAUGAAGACAGCCAGCCAGCUUGGAGCAGAAACAACCACACUUAUUUGCCAUUAGGUUUGUAUGGCCACAGCGCAGUGUAUGACCCAGACACGGACAUGAUAUACAUCCAUGGCGGAAUGGCUUUCAAACAAUUUAAGUUUGAUGUCUCAAACGAUACUUUUAUGUAUGACACGGAGAAAAAACAGGCCUACCUUGUCCAUGUUCAAGGCCCAGAACAGGCAAUUCCUCGAGUUUUUCAUGUUGCUGUGCGCGUGCUGGAAGGAAUGCUGGUAAUUGGUGGAAUGGGGAAUCUGGGGCAGACGACCGAACAUAUGUCGUUAUUCAGAUUCAAUUGUAGCACGUGGCAUAAAUAUCUAUCGAAGAAACCAACAUCAGAGACCUACCGAAGCAGGACAAACUCUCUGAUAGCAGCAAGUUCCAUUCGCUUGAAAGACAGAGUCUAUGUGGUAGGUGGUUACGAUGGCACCACCUACAGUGAAGUGGUUGUCAUUAGUCCAAAGGAAACCUUUUGCCAGACUGCAGGAACGCAGAUGGAUUGCUUGCAGACAACAGGAUGUGACUUCUGUGUUGCCGAGGGCAUUGGGAAAUGUGUCGAAAAGGCAUCAGAUAGCACCUGCUCUGGUGGACAAGCUUGUGAUGUAUCAUGGAUCAACCAAACAGUCUGCAGCACCUAUCAAACUUGUCAAACUUGUAUGACUAAGCAUCCACAUUUUCCUAGUCCUUGUAAGUGGUUCAUAGAUGGCCCGUCAUCAUCGUGUAUCAACAGUGAGUCGCCCAUUGGAUUCUCUUGCAAGGGCUAUCAAGAAUGCAGCUUUAGUCAAUGUACAGACUGCUUGCAGAACGAGGCAUGUAGCUGGACCAACUGCAUACAACAAGGUGAAGACAACUUCCCAAUAGUAGACACUAGAUUUAGCUCCACCUGGAGGUGUGCAAAGAAUGCUGUUGGGGGCGUGUGUACCAACCACAGUGUGUGCCCUAAGCGGUGCGAUGAGUACUCAGACUGCGAGUCCUGUCAGAGAGCCAGUGGGACAGGGGCUGGAUCUAGUGGCUGUGUCUGGAGCUCCAUCAAACAGCAGUGUUUUGAUAAGGCCUUGAUUAAACUGUACUGUGUUGGUGGGGAAUGUGGGGUCAUCCUGGAAGGGAAGCCUCACAAGUGUCCUGUCCCCUGUUCACAGUACCAGAUAUGUGCCGAGUGUAUCAAGGCUCCAUGGUGUGGCUGGUGUGCCUUUGCUGGGUAUAUUGGCGAGGGAAUAUGUAUGCAGGGAGGCAGAGAUAAUCCCACAGGGGUCGGAUCCUGUUUGGAGAAUGACAUCAAACAAAGCGAAGGAUACAGACCAAUUAACCUGUGGACCAAAAAGUCCAAGGGUGCCCCCAUCUGGGCGUACACUUCCUGUCCCCCAGAGAACGAGUGUGUGAAUACUCACCAUGACUGUGAUAACGAGAGCCAAGACUGCACCGACACAGAAACCAGUUAUAACUGUACCUGUAAAAUAGGAUACCUGGAAGAUGCUGUCAGCGGAAAAUGUAAACCCCACUGCCACAAGAAGUGUAUGAAUGGAACAUGUAUUCGACCAGACAGAUGUCAGUGUAACUUUGGAUAUGUGGGGGAUCAGUGUGAAAAGGAAUGCAAAUGUAAUGGAAACAGCAACUGUCCCAAUGAGUUGGGCCUUACUGAUUGUCUCAAGUGCAUGAAUCAUACCAAGGGCCGCCAGUGUAGUUUGUGUAAGAGUCGAUUUGUAGGAGAUCCAACUGAGCGGAAGCCAUGCGUGUCUUGCUUUGUUCACUGUAACAACCACACAGCGGCGUGCCUCUCCAUGACUGACUACAGCAACAGGACCUUCAUGGCUCUUUUCAGGGGAAACAACAGCAUGUUAGAUGACCCAAUAUUAAACGGAACCAAACCUUCUGACGCUGUGUGUGUGGGCUGCAAAAAUAAUACAAUGGGGGCGAGGUGUGAUCGGUGUCAAGAGGGAUACUUCAGGGUGAAGAAGGAGGGAAAGACGCUAGUGGAUGCCUGUAUAAAAUGUCAGUGUAAUGGACACAGCGAUACUUGUAAAAAUGAGACGGGAGAGGGUUGCCAGUGUCUGAACAACACCGAGACCCCCGCCUGUAAAUCCAACUCUGACCCCAACGACUACAAGUGCUGGCAAAAACAGUGUUCUAAAUGCAAGGAGUACUUUAUUGGGGAUCCAACCAAUGGACAUCACUGCUACAGACAGAUGACGGUAGACAAGGAGUACUGCUUUGAUCCAGACACCCAGACAAACUGUAACCAGAACCCUGGGGCACUCCUGAGGGGUAGAACAGUCUUCUUUGCUGUCCAGCCUCGGUACCUUAAUGUGGACAUCCGAAUAACAAUAGAUGUCACUCUUGGAGCUGCAGAUGUGUAUUUCUCAUCAAGUGAGAAGACUUUCACAGUCAAUGUUCAGAAUAUGGGCAUACAUGCUGUGGAGCUUGACUCUGAAUUCACCACUCCGCCCCCAUCACUGCAGUCAAGAUUCCGAUCCAGGCGGAGCAUAUUUAACUCCACCUCCAACACCUCCCACCCUCACAUAACCCUGGAGGCCACCAAUUUCCACACAUAUCACACAGUGCAGGAGACAGGGGCCAUUUUGAUGUUCAAGAAUGUCAGGUCACGUCUAGUGGUGACAUUGCCUCUUGAUCAACAUGAUCUUCGAACAUCCAAGUUCUACCUGAUAAUAUACGGCCAAGGCAAUGGAAGAGGGGGCGGAACGUAUGGAAACUUGUAUUUCAGACAAGACCAGCCCCAUAUUGACCUGUUUGUGUUCUUUUCGGUGUUCUUCAGUUGUUUUUUCCUGUUCCUAGCCAUGUGUGUUUUACUGUGGAAGUUCAAGCAAGCCAUAGACACCCAGAGAAGUCGUCAACGACAACAGAAAGAAAUGCUGCACAUGGCCUCUAGGCCUUUUGCCAAAGUUCUUGUACUUAUUGAGCCGGAUUCGUACGUUUUUUCCUCGACUCCAGUUCCACGGAGGCGAACAAAAUAUUCCAAAGUCACUUCUAGAAAUGCACACCACCUUCCUACAUUGACCCCUGUAGAAACUAAUUUACCUCCUUUGACAAUACACAAACCAAUAUUUAUCAAAGCGCCAGUGAGUCCUUUUGACAUUGUUCCGAUAGCUACAGAACCCACAGCUGACAAUAUGGUCUCAUUGAGAACAGUGGUCAUUCAGCUGCCUGGUGACCAGUCUGCUCCCUCCAAACUGUGCUUGGGAACCGGACUGACCCUCCAGAGCAGUCGCACAAUGAAUACUGGUCACCAGAAGUCGGGGGCGAGGCAGAGAAAUGGCCACCAUAACUGCUGAUGCAACAAGUGGAGAAAAUGAGUCAAUCUGCAUUAUGUAUUUUAACAAUCAUUUUCUGUUAUAUGUCCCCCCCCCCUUCUUAAGAAAAAGCUAGAUUUAUCCAGUAGUUUAGUUAGUUUUACAGUUCAAGUUGACCAAAAUUUAGCACUAUAUUUAAGGCUGUAGAAAAGCUUUGUAGGAACAGAUUUUUUGGAAUACAUGUACUAGCAAUGGAGAUUGCAUUUUGCUUGAUCUUUAUUACUUCAACAAGAGUUGACAUGUAUGUGCAUUAUUUCAUCAGAUUUCAUUUGGUUGCAGAACUGUGCUUUAAUGAUGCAUUUCAUUUCUAAUCGUUAAAAUAUUUUUCCAACAUGUUUUUAUCUGAUGAUCUACAAUGCCGAAUAUGGCAUACUGCAUAAUACUCAUUAAAUAUACUGUUUGAUUUUUUCUUCUUUUUUCACCUAUGUGCUUUAGGUAAAAUAAAAUCCCUGCACUAAAGUAAAAGUUGAAAUUGUCACACUUAUUGCUGCUUUUACAUACUUGAAUAACAUUUCUUUGCUGAGUUAUGCUACGUAAACAGUUGUGUUUCCAUUUCAAAAUUUAACUGAUCUUUUAGUUUUUACAAAAAUAUUGCUGAAGCAGUGUCAUAUAGUUAUUCUUCAUUAAUGCAAUCUUUAUUAAUCUAGCAAAGAAUAAAUAUAUGAAAAAGAAUCUAAUUGAGGUAAGAUGUUGCUUGGUCAUGCAUGAUGUCUGUGAUUUCCCCCUGCUGAGCAAAUGCUUGUGUUCAAAUGAUAUUGAGUGUUCUAAAGGUGCUUUUAUGUAUUUUUUUUUCUUUUUUGUUGGCAAGAGAGCACACAGAUUAUGAAAUAUCACUGAAUGUUCUGAAAAAGAAAUGUGUGGAAGUUAAUUGUUGUGAAAAAUGAUUUGAUUGAAAGAAAGUUACCUAUGUUGACUGUUUCAUUUUUUUUUUUUUGCGUUCAAGACAAAGAUUUUUGUAUAUACCUGUAGUAAUAGACCUAAUGAAGUUUCAAUUGAAUUCCUUUGAUUAUAUGUAAUUACUGUAGAUAUAUAUAUUUGUGAAAUUUGUCUGUUAUUUUUGUUGACCUCUUGCUUUUCUCUCUGGAGAGUGUGUGAGUGCCAUAUUAUUCUGCUGUAUCUUAAAAACACAGCAUCUUAUAAACAUGAUAGUUUUUUUAUUAUUAUAAUACAGCACAUACAUAAUAAUAAUGAUUCAAAUCAUGCCACAAAUGUAAAUUUUGUGCAUUAACUGCAAAACUGUGGCUAGCAGGCCUUUCUGAGUGUGAUUUUGAACAUUGGGUCUAUUUGUCGUACAAUAGACCAUCAACCCCAGUUCUGCAGUUAAUCAUUUCUCUGAUGUGAUGGCUUUGCUGAUUGAGACAUUCCAUUGGUUACAGUAGUUCACUCUGAUUUGCACAGCAGUCAGAUAACCAGUUUUACCUCUUUUUUGUCCAGGAUAAUGCUCAUCUAGUCUUAAAUUUAUACAUAUGUUAUACUGUUAUUUUUAUAUCUUAAUUUAGUUGGCAUUUCAUUAGCUUGUCAAUGAACUUUUUUUAGUCAAUUAUUACACAUAAAGUGUGGUAGGCAUUUUAGUAGCUAUAUUUGUUCAUGAUUCUUCAGUCAACAUAUUAGGAAACUAGCCUGUACUAUAAAAGACACUCGGAUAAAAACCAACCACUUUUAUUCUCGUUUAUUUAUAUGCAUGUAUACAUGUAGGCAUUUCAUUAGUCUUUUUCAUCAUGGCUUUACUCUUUGAGUGCAUUAAUUAGCUUUAUCCCUUGAUUUUGUAAUCUUUGAAAAUAUUUUUUUAUUGAAAUUUGUUGAACAAUUCUUGUUUUAAAGAAGAUUGUUUUAAUCACUUACAUGAAAUCGUUGUAGCAGGAAACCACUGUUGAUUGAUAUUCAGUAAUAUUAAAAACUCAGCUUUAAUGGUCAGUGAAAGUCAUUAUUGAGUGGGCUUAAUUUUUUUUUAAUUUCCUGCUUUCAACUUUCCUGUGAUAUUUUUUUUUCUUUAAAGGUGAAAGGUACCUCGGCUAUUCAUUCUAUUAUAUAAAUAAAUAAGUUGAUAUAUAUUAAUAUAUAACAAUAUUAAAGCAACAUAUGACAAUGUUUAUUUCUGAAAUAAUUCCAGGUAUUCUGUCUAGCUAGCAGUGUAGGAAAUGGUAAAGCAGACAAAUUUGGGGACCAAAUUUGUUUGUGAUGAAUGAAAAUUUUGUAAUAGCUGAAAUCCCAAAAAAUGAUAACGACAAUUUUACUUAGCUUGUUAUGGAUUGGAGGAAAUUAGAGCAUAAGUUUCUUCUCCAUUAUCACAUUGUGUUAAUUCAAAUGUAAUUUUGAUAGCCAAGAAUUUUCAAAAUGAGGACUUUAUAUUUUUUGUAUGUUUAUUUUCACGCUACUUUUUCUUUUUGGGUAUGAUUUAUUUUUCGACUAAUUGUACUAGAACUAUUUCACAGCUCUUUCAAUCCAUUUAUUUUAUUGAUAAAGAGUUUAUGUUAUAUCCCAAAUUAUAUAUUAACUAUAUAGUAUUACCUGUACAUAGUUUAACUGCUUGAACUUUGUGUGUUUGCGUACAAAUACAUUAUAUAAACCAAGAUAGUAUAGAAAUUAUGUACAAAUGUAUGUACUAUGUUAGUCACGGCAGAUACAUGUAUAUUGCAGAAUUAGUGAAAUAUGAAGAUAUGAAUUAUUAUAGUCAUGUAGUAUAUGUACUGAUUUUUCAUUGUAAAUAUUACUUGUUCAUGAACUGUAAAUUUGUUCCUCCAUGACACUUAAGUUAAAUCCAUUUCGCUUAUUAUGCAAUUGUGAUAGAGACAGUAUUGAACGUUAUUUACAAAAAGAAGACCAACUUGCUUCAAUUUCAGUUUAUAUCUAAUAAAUCAAGAAAUAUAGGCAUAAUAAAGUUAUCAUUAACUAUUAACUAUGGGCAUAUUUAUUCAGUACUUAAAUUCAGGACUACUUGCUCAAAGAGAUUGAUAUUUUUAAGCACAAAUGCAAUAUGCGUAUAAUUUGCCACUGAACAGCUCAGAUACUGUAACAAUUACUAUGAUUUGAAAAGGAAAACUCUUAAUAAUUGUAAUUAUCCUUAAUUUGCCAUGUUUAUCAAUGUCACAUCCUCUUCUACUCUCUUUUCUUAUCAGUAUUGUAUGCAUAUAUGUAUAUAAAUGAAUAUACUCCCAUCAACAUUUCAGUGCUUGAUCUAUACUGAUAGUUGAAUGUACACUUUGUGUGAAUGUCCUUGUUCUUCUUUUGUAAUGAACUAGAUAAGCGAAGACUCCUAUUGUUUGAUUUUAUAGACAUACAUUCUAACUUGUACAAUGUACAAUGAAUAUGGUAGGAAAAUACAACAACCCACUGUAAUAAACUUUUUAUAUUUAAAAAAAUGUAAUUUUAAGAAGGUGGAGAGAUAGUAAAACUUUUAAACCUGUUCCUCCGACUAGGAUUGACUUGCAAGGUGUAACAAUAAGAAGCAUUGGCAUAGUCAAUGCAUAGCCUUAUAGAACCUGUUCUGCCUUACUUGGCCACACUCUUGAAAAGGGGGAGGGGGUUGAUGUGUUAUUAUGAAUCAAAUAUUGACUGUUUGAAACUAUGUGCAAGUGACUUGGACAAAUUUGAUAUCAUUUCACAUAUUGAAUACCUUUUGGUUUCCAUUAAAGAUAGUAUAUUUGAAAAACCCUUGUAAGAUAACGAGUUAGGUCUGAAAUAUAAUGCAGUAGCAAACCAUGGUCAAAAUAUUCCAUCUUAUCUAAUCUGUAAAAGAAACCUAAGCAAUUUCCAGACUGUGGCUUCCAAGUUGAGAGAUGCAAUUACAAUGUCAAUUGUCCAAAAAAAAAAUGUUUCCAAUAUUUCAUUUAUUUUGAGUAGAGUACCUAAAAUUGCAUAUGAUUAUAGCUUUCUCUUUGUUUGUCUCAGUUUUGAUAAUCUCCUCCACCUUCUUAAGGUGACAAAUAAUUUUUUUGCACCUGCAGUUCUUUAUUAUUCUGUAAAGUAUGUGUAGGUGAUAAAAGUUCUGUGAUGGAGUGCCUUUUUGUUUAAUUAUUUAAAGGCACAGAAAGACAGAAUUGUUUACCCAGAGACAUGUACCUGUACAAAAUGUAGAUUAUAUACAUGCGCGGAUCCAGAAAAUUUUUCCGGGGGGGGGGGGGGGGUCCGAAGGAUAAUUGUGUUUGCCAGGGGGGGUCCGAGGCAUAUUUUCGCGAUAAUUUUACUAUGUAAAUUUAAUAAAUUUUCAUUUUCCAGGGGGGGGGGGGGGUCGGGACCCCCCCCCCCCGACCCCCCCUCUAGAUCCGCGCAUGAUAUAUACCCUGCAACUAAUUUCUGUAGCAGAGUGGCUAUGUCCUUGUUUUGUUAUAUUUUGCAAAAGUGUAUAUUAGAGUCGAGCACUUGGCAAUGCAAUAAAAUAUUGUACUACUUAU